AUGAGUGUCCCAUCACUUCGAAAUUGCAUUGGAAAUUCUGUCAGUAGGACAGCUGGUGUACGAUAUGCAUCAACAUUAUCAGUGACUGCGAGACAGCCAGUUGAUCGACCGCAACAUGGAGAGCAAAUAUAUGUUUACAAUCAUUUACAGACGAAUCAGGUCGUUUACUCACUUACUAAGGGAAUGGAUAACACAGCAUCCCUCGCCCAACUCCCCUACAACGGCAAAAAGACUCGUCCCGCUGCCCUUCGCAAAGACCAUUGGCACCCAAUGGCCCUAAUAACCUUUCCCUCAGGAGCUUCAAAUUCCGGCCUCAGCGCCUUCCAAAAACUACGCGAAUACCGCAAACGUCACGAAUUAUCCUGGGACCCUCACUCCCCCCUCUUCAAACGGAUCCCCAGCCCCGGCGAAACCGACCUCCAAAAAACCCGAAUCCUCCUCCCCGCCAAACAGCGCGGGCGCAAAAUUAACGAUCAAAAAGCCAACACCGUAGCCGACAUGGCGGCCGUCCUCAGAGAAAUCAGAUACGGAAGUGAGAGAAUCGGCCUGACGGGAAUAGGAAAAGAAGGCGUCGUCGAAGUCAAAUGGAGCGAUCUCGCAGACGCGAGUUAUGCCGGCUCUGGCACCGAAAUAUGGGGCGAAGCAGUUCUCCACGACACACUACCCUGGGACCGCAACAAUCGAGAUAUCCGCAAGAAACAAGCGCUCAGCACCGAACAGCAAGCGGAAUGGAAAGCUGCGCGUGCAGCCCACAAAGCCGCAAAUGAAGAGAAGAAAAGGUUGAAUAGAGAGGAGAUUGAGCGCAACAUGAUACUCCGCGAGCAAAGAUGGGCAAAACAUGUAGCGCUGAUGGAAAGCCAUGUAGCGCUAGGCAAGGGGCCAAAGACCAUACCCCAGAGGAUCAGACAAUCCCCGGCGGAAAAUUGGGCAUUAGAGAGACAAGCGCGCCUGGAAAAACUAGCGUGGAUGGAACGAACGGGGAGUUCGGAGCUUGAGUAUGAAUUCUCACUUACACAGACAGACGCAGUUAACGCGUUGGAGCCACUGGUAUCGGAGCUUGAAACUGGAGCUGGAGCUGAAGCAGGAGCCAAAUAUGAAGCUGGAGCCGAGCCGCUAGGAUUGGAUGUUAAGCCAAAGACUCCUGCUCCUUAG